UGCUGAUAGUAUGACGUAUAAUCUAUUGGACGGAACUCUUCUUUCAACAGCAGCAACAGUUAGUCAGCCACCUCGGUAGCUUGCUAGACAAAAUAGCAGAACCAAUAAAUCUAUUUAGACGCUUUAGUGUAUAUUAGCCACUGUGUUUUAAACCCACUUCCUUCGUCUAGUUAGUUAUCCGAUUUAAUUUCAUAUUUACGGUGCUGUUGUUAUUAGUCAGUUAGCGGGCUGGUUAAGUUAGCAUUAGCCUCGCUAGCUAACAUUCCCGACCAUGAGCUCACUAAGGUUCUCCCCUCCUGCUGAAAAAGAGGAGGUCUGCUGGACGGAAAAAGAGGGACUGUGGCUGAACGUUGUUGUGAAAGAGGAGGCAGAGGAGGAUAUCACAAUACAAAAACAAGUGGAGGGUGAGGCUGUUAUAGUGAAAGAAGAAGAGAAAGACGUUUCAGUUAAAGAAGAGGAAGACGCGUUCAGAGUGAAAGAGGAAGAGGAUGUUACAGUAAAAGAAGAGGAGGAGGAGGAUGAUGCAUGUUUUCGAGUGAAAGAGGAGGAGGGGGAGAUGACUGUCACAUUGAAAAAAGAGGAGGAAACUGGAUAUCUGGGCUCGGUUUCCCAAAGGCAUGUUAAGGCAUCCAAUGGUUCUAACGUUGAACGGGCCCUGAUUAAUACUAGAGAGAGACGGGACUAUCGUGGAUCCUCUGGGGAGUUGACAGGAGAGAGAUGUGAGUAUCCUGGGUCCUCUGGGGAGUCUCAACAACAACAUGAUGCUGAAGAGGCAGAGAAGAGUCUCUUCAGAUCAGAACACCUCAAGAAACACCAGCACAGACCCACAUUGACAAAUCCUUACUGCUGCUCUGACUGUGAGAAGAAUUGCAAAUCUUCAUCAGAACUUAAAAUACACCAGAGAAUCCACACAGGAGAAAAGCCGUACCACUGCUCUCAUUGUGGAAUGAGUUUCUCUAGAUCAUAUUCAUUGAAAACACACCUGCUAAUUCACACAGGAGAGAAAUCUUUUAGCUGUACUCAAUGUGGAAAGCGUUUUACUACAUCUUCCAAUCUGACUAAACACCAGAAAACACACACAACAGAGAAACCUUAUAGCUGCGAUCAAUGUGGGAAGAGUUAUGUUACAUCUAGCUAUCUGACUUUACACCAGAGAACACACACAGGAGAGAAAUCUUACAGCUGUGAUAAAUGUGAUAAGAGUUAUGUUACAGCUAGCUCUCUGACAGUACACCAGAGAACACACACAGGAGAGAAACCAUUUAGCUGUAAUCAAUGUGGGAAGAGUUUUACUACAUCUAGCUCUCUGAAGGUACACAAGAGAACACACACAGGAGAGAAACCCUGUAGCUGUACCCAAUGUGGAAAGAGUUUUACCCGGUCAAGCUCCCUGCAAAUGCACCAGAGAAUACACACAGGUGAGAAACCAUAUAUCUGUAAUCAAUGUGGGAAGAGUUUUACUCAGCCAAAUGGACUGAUAUUACACCAGCGCACACACACAGGAGAGAAACCGUAUAGUUGUACUCAAUGUGGGAAGAGUUUUAUACAGGCAAGCUGCCUGAAAGUACACCUGAGAACGCACACAGGAGAGAAAUCUUAACACUGCUCUGACUGCGACAAGAGUUUUGUUAGCUUAAGUGAUUUAAAAUCGCACUAGAGAACACAUACACAGGAGAGAACCCUUAUAGCUGUGAUCAAUGUGACAAACGAUACUUUGAUAAAAGAUCUCUGAUCAGACAUCAGAAAAUACAUACAUGAAAGCGUUGUUUUAAUAAUGUCACAAUGUAGAACCUAAACGUUUGUCCCCUGUUCUAUUGAUUUCAGCGUGAUAUGGAUAUUAGCCUCACAGAAAAAUCCAGGCUCUGAAUUGAAAGAGUACUAUUUAUAUGAUUUAACAAAAAGUGACUAACACAAAAAGAGUUGUUACACUUACCACGUUGGUGACCCACUUGAAUCAAAAUGCAACACUUCAAAAUGUACAGUUGAAGUCGGAAGUUUACAUACACCUUAGCCAAAUACAUUUAAACUCUGUUUUUCACAAUUCCUGACAUUUAAUCCUAAU